CCACGCAUGGAGCCAGAACCCAGCAGCGCCCCCUUUAAGGAGCACCCUGCCUUUCAGAAGUGCUCCAGUCUUAAUUUUAGCUUGGAGGUCUGCCACGCCGGCUUUACCGAGAGGCAGGCCGGAGUUAUGUGGGACAGCUGUCCGCUGGCAUGCUGGGUGGGGCCUGUUAGCCAUAGGACACAAAUCUGGGGACCCUGAACUGGUCUCUCUGCCCCAAGGAUUCUCAGCCCACCAGCUGCAAGGCUCGGACCUCCACCACCUGCUAGAGACAGCUCUGCAAUGAUGGCUGAAGAGCACACGGACCUGGAGGCCCAGAUCGUCAAGGACAUUCACUUUAAGGAGAUCGACCUGGUGAACAGAGACCCCAAGAACAUUAAUGAAGACAUCGUCAAGGUGGAUUUUGAAGAUGUGAUUGCGGAGCCUGUGGGCACCUACAGCUUUGAUGGCGUGUGGAAGGUGAGCUACACCACUUUCACUGUCUCCAAGUACUGGUGCUACCGGCUGCUGUCCACACUGCUGGGCGUCCCGCUGGCCCUGCUCUGGGGCUUCCUGUUUGCCUGUAUCUCCUUCUGCCACAUUUGGGCAGUGGUGCCGUGCAUUAAAAGCUACCUGAUCGAGAUCCAGUGCAUCAGCCACAUCUACUCACUCUGCAUCCGCACCUUCUGCAACCCGCUCUUCGCUGCCAUGGGGCAGCUCUGCAGCAGCAUCAAGGUGAUGCUGCGGAAGGAAGUCUAAAGCCAGGCAGGGAAGCGGGUAGCAGGGCAGGGCUCAAGCCAGGCACAACUGCACCUGCUCCACAGAGGGCCAGAGAGCUCUUUCUCCUUAGUGACUGCUCCAUUCCCUCCUCCAAAUGGGAGCACACCAUGUAGGGAAGCUGGAAAGAAAAGCCAACCCGGCCUCGCAGGCAGUGCAGCGGCCCUCACUCUGCCUAGCCCUACCACAAUACCCAGGAGCAGCCUGGACCAGAAGAUGUGUGCUACGAGGCAGCUACUGCAAGUCUUUGCAUCCGUGUGUACUGUGACAGCGUGAACUGCCAUGGGUUCCCACCGUCCACGCACGCCCAAGAAAGCGACCAGUGACUGCGGGUGUGAGGGGGCCCAAAUAAAGGUUUCAGCUGCAUGGGGA